AUGGCCAACACCGGCGAAGCUGAGGCGCAGAAGGAGGCAGAAGGUGAGUUGCUGACAUCACCCCGUCGAGCGGGUGGUGGGCAGCCAACCGGUUCCAAGGAUGGUUACCCGCGGCCGGCACGGAAGUCGCUUAGCUCGGCUCUUCGCGCCCGAGGUGGAAUCACCCGACCGUCUUCAGGGACGGAGCCUUUUGCUGAUAUGGAUGAAACCCCUCCAUCAGUGCCAGAGGAAGGGGAAGAGGCUGUGCAAGAUGCCGGGGCGGAGGAGGAUGCAGCAGAAGCUGCUGAGGCAGGGCCUGCGCCUGCGCCCGCCCAGCCUAGUGCAGACAGAACGGCCUCAGCCCCUCUGCCCGUUUUGCAUGAAGAAGAGGACGAGCCCAGAACUAUACCCGUUGUGCCUGAAGAUGCGGAACCCGUUGAAGAAGCUGCGGAGCCCGCGCCAGAGACGCCUCAGGAGACGGAACAGGCUGAGGAAGUCAUGGUAGACAGACAGGACGAGCCUGAGCCUCCAGGCUGA